AAAUAAUAUUAUAGAGAUUUAAUUUAAUUAAGCUACGGGGGGUAUACAUGUAUAGAAUACGAUGAAAGCUUGCUGCUUUACGCCGGGUUAAAUCCGGGUCAAUGAGUACGAAUGCCGGUCCAUCAUUUCGGUUUUCUCGGUUUAACUUUAUUUCUAUUUCUAUUUCAAUUUUGGAUUUUUGGUUAUAUCACACAACUGACAAACAAACAAGUGACGUUUUAAUGACACGUGUACGAUUUACCCUUCUUCGUCUUCUUCCCUUAAAAGCCCUAGCGUUAAGGUCAUCGUGGCGCCGUCGUACGUUCUGCAGAUAAUCUCACUACUCGUCUUGGACCAUGCAGAGUGACGUGACUAUGAAUCCACGAGCAUCAGAUGAAUCUAGCUCCUCUGAUGUCGAAGCUGAGAUCAGCGACGGCGAUGGCUUUUUGACGAUCGAUAGAUCUCAUGCAGUCGCCGAAGACGAAGCUUCGCUGCUGAUAAGAGCAGAGACGUAUCAAGGCUACAUGAAGGAGCUUCCUCUUCCGACAAGUCGCGGUUCUUUGAUUCCUUUCACGAGCUGGGUUGGGUUAGGCAUGUCGAUCAAGGAGCUUUAUGGUCAGCCUUUACAUUACUUCACUAACGUUCUCUUACUACGUUGGGAUCAAGCAAGACUCGGUGCUGAUUCUGAAGAUAAGAGCUUGGAUUUGAUCAUCCAUCCUUGUAAAGCUGAAGCUACCAUCUGGCUCGUUGAAGAGAUUCAUCGUCUCACUUCUUCUCAUCUUCAGAUUGCUCAGCUUUGGGGAACUGAUCCUAUGUAUCACUUGUUCAUUGAUCCAAUCAUCCCUAAGUUACCGGAGACAUGAACACCUUUUUUUUAUGAUUCUCUAUGUUAACUUUAGACAAUGUAAUGUGAAUGUUUUUCUUUCAUCUCUGUAAUAAUCACCACAAGUCAUUACAAGAACACUUGCCUUGACUGAUGAAAUGAAAUCUGUUAUUGUCUCUUAGAAUGAUUUCUCGGUUAUACAUCUUGGAUACUAACUUAGCAAAUGAAUGACAAUCAGAGCAUACUCUCAGGUUCUUCACUAUUCUUACUGUUGUGCCUUUGUUUGAGCUGAUGAGACCAAAGGCCAUUGCAAGUUUCUCGCUGUGUCGGCUAAGCAUGAAUCUCUUCUCUUGCUCAUCUACAUCCAUCAGGACAUUGCUGAGAUCAGGUACAUGGCCUAACUCACUAAUUUCAUCGAGCAUUGCUUCUAUUUUCGGCAUCUCAGGGUGUGACUCAUCACCUGAUGUGAACUCAUGAGUCUUACCUCGAAUCUGUAUUAAACUAGUUCCUGGUGGUUUGCGUAACCCUUUCUCCUUCAUACUCAGCCUCACUUUUGCCAUAUCGUUCCAUCUUCCAGCUGAUGCAUAAACAUUAGAGAGAAGCACAUAACUCCCAGUUCUCUCCGGAGCCAGGACUUGUAUCUUCUCAGCUGCAUAAGCAGCCAUCUCCACAUUGCCCUGAACACGACAAGCACCCAAAAGAGAGUUCCAAAUCACAUCGUUUGGCUCCAACGGCAUGGACUUUAUGAGCUGCAUAGCUUCCUCUAACAACCCUGCUCGACCAAGGAGAUCAACCAUGCAUCCAUAGUGCACUUCUUCCGGACAAACUCCGUGAACUUUCUGCAUUGACUCGAAGAUUUCCUUACCUUGUUGGACCAAUCCACCAUGGCUACAAGCUGUCAAUGCUCCAACAAACACUACUCCAUCUGGUUUCAAACCUUGUUCAAUCAUCUCAUCGAAAAGCUCUAUGGCCUGCUCAGCGUUUCCUGACAGAGCCAUUGCUCUUAUAGCCGCUGUCCAAGCCGAGACAUCUCUGUUAGCCAAACUAUCAAAUAUCGACAUUGCGGUUUCGGGAUCCCCACACCUGGAAAACAUAUCUACUAAACUGGUACCAAGUCUGACAUCAAGCUGAAUCCCCUUCUUCUCAACGUAGUAAUAUAUCCAUUUUGCAAGAUCAAGAGCUCCCAAGUGCCCACAAGCAGAUGCAAUGCUCAUCACUGUCACUCCUUCCGCAUCAACACCCUCUUGGCUUUGCAUAGACCGGAAAACUUCAAUGGCUUCCUCGAACAGGCUUUCUUGAACCAAACCGCCAAUCAUCGUGUUCCAAGAAACAAUAUUCUUCUCAGGCAUGGUUCUGAAUGUUUCCCAGGCUGCAUCAACAUCACCAUUCUCAAUAUAGCCAGCGACUAUUGUAUUCCAAGUGACCACUGUCUUGUUCAACAUCCAAUCAAAGAUCUUAAACGCAGUUUCUUGCUUCUGACACUUCAUGUACAUAUCAAUCAAGGCGUUACAUACGUUGUCCCAACUUUCAAACCCAUUCCUCAGUACAUAUCCAUGACAACUCUUUCCCAGCAGAACGUUCUUCAGUACUGAACAAGACGCAAUCGCACUCAACAUAGAAAUCCUAUCAGGUUUAACACCAGAGUCCAUCAUUACACUCAAGACACUUAAAGCCUCCUUCGUUAGCCCUUGGCGUACGUAAUUGGAGGCCAUGGCAUUACACAAAUCCAGAUUCCUCGCACCGUAUUGCUGAAAAAGCUGUUUUGCAGUAUCAUUAUCAUUGCAUUUCAUAUACAUAUCGACCAAAGCACUAACCAU